AUUUUAGAAGUGGGAGAAGAGAUCGUCGAACUUGAAGUCAGUGGCUUCAAUACAGCUGAAAUGACGGUGGCAGCUAUGAAUAUGGGUGGCGUUUACCUCAAUUCGGUUCAAUUGAAUCAGCACUCCGGUUCAGGAUGUCAAGUGAUGGCACAGUCGACUUGUAAUAAUAGAUCGCUGCCUCCGUUCGAUUAUCCCUACAUUGUGCAGAUCUCACCAACUUCUCUGCGCCUCCUAGAUGGGGCUACUCUACUCGAGCAUGUCCAACUGACUAAUGAGUGGCGCAUACAUCUUGUCAGCUGUGCAGACCCUUUCUUACUUCUUUCCACAGAGGAUGACGAACUAUAUUUGCUGCGUCUGCGCGACCCUUCUACAAUCCCUAUGAGACUAGAAUCCCGUUUAUCUGGCACUGAGCCUGGGUCUGGAUUAGAUCAAGAAGCUAUAGCCUUACACCAACUUGAUGCGCUGAAGUCUGAAACUGAAUCAUUAUCACCUGCAGCACGGAGCCCUCAAAGACCUGAUCAAAUGGAUGUUGUGGAAAACGAAUUGCUUUCUGAUUUUCUUAUUGAUCAGUUGCCUGUAUCGGAUUACUUCGAUAUUUCUCAGCCAAAAGUCGGUCAGGUAUCUGCACCUCUCUGCUUUUGCCUUUACUAUGACGCAUCUGGAAAACUCUCCGAAAUGCUUUUUUCCGAGAAUGCCUUUCUUCAAAGUGUGGCUACUAAUCCAGGGGGAGAUGGCACGAGUGAUCCUCGUCGUCAGACUCGUUCCGGUCAACGCUCAGGCCAACGCUUCGACCAUGAAGAGGAUAGUCCGCAAGUUCCGGCUAAAAUGCCAUCCGAACAGAUGUCCACGGCACCUCCUAUUGUCGGCGGUACUUUUGGCCAUCCUACCAACUCAGACGAAGAGGAUAUUCUUCUAUACGGUGAGGUGAUCCAUCUAGUUAAGCCGGAGCCUUCACUUGUCCCAUCGACGCCUGUUGUCGAUGGGCUUGAUUGCGUGAAUUAUGCUGAUCUCUCGGCAAGCAGGGUCACUAAACAAUUAGAUGAGAGAGAUUCCUUCUCACCGAGUACCUUAAACGAACGUACAGAGCCCAGACCUUAUUCUGCUGAUGCUGUGGUUGGACGAUCGCAUUAUCUUGCCUUUAUCGCUUACACUAAUGGAGUUCUGGAGCCGAAUGAGGUGCUAGAUAGUUCCGAAGCAUUUGAUACGAAUAUGGUUACUGUGGUCGAUUGUAAUAGCAAAAAAACGUACCUUUAUUCAUACAAAGCCGAUUUCGAGACUACAAUUCCUGUUGAUCGCGUAUCUCUAGUUUCAUCCAGCUCUGAACGCAAAACCUUUGAAGACCAUUGA